AGUGUCAAAUCUAUGGAGAAUUGUUUUUCAAAAUCUAUGUGAAUUAGUGCAAUCUGUAAAUAUUUAAUUGUUUUGGAAAGUGAUAUACAAUGUACGCCAUUCAUUCAGUGUGUUAUAUUUCGUAUUUCAGGUUCACAGAACAUAAGAAGCCAUGGCCGAUGUUGAUGUUGAAGUACCAGUCAACCCCGUCCUGAGUGGAGGGGCUAUGGAUGUGAAUACAGCUCUUCAGGAAGUGCUGAAGACAGCUCUCAUCCACGGAGGAUUAGUUCAUGGCUUACAUGAAGCUGCCAAAGCACUUGACAAGAGACAGGCAGUACUCUGUGUGUUGGCGGAGAACUGUGAUGAGGAAGCAUACAAAAAGCUAGUCCAGGCUCUUUGUAAUGAACAUCAGAUCCCGCUUGUGAAGGUGGACAACAACAAGAAACUUGGUGAAUGGGCAGGUCUCUGCAAAAUUGAUAAGGAUGGCAAAGCGAGGAAAAUUGUUGGCUGUUCCUGUGUUGUUAUUAAAGAUUUUGGUGAAGAAACACCAGCACUGGAUGUCCUAAAAGACUACCUAAAAUCGUCAAGUUAAUUCUUAGGUCAUAUUGAUAACAAUAAAAAAUCCAAAAAAAUCUAAA